GGAUCACAAGAUAUGCUUCACUACUUCUUCCCUUUUUCUGUUUUUCCCUUUUCAGUCAUCAUCCAUUAUCCUUCCGAACCUUCAUCUUCUUCUUCUGCUUCUUCUUCCUCACUAUCAUCAUCAUCCAAAGUCUGUACUGUUUCAUCUCAAUUUCACCGAUAAUCAAGCAUGAAUCCCCCCAAAAUCAAGCGUCGAGUGGGUAAAUAUGAGGUGGGAAGGACAAUCGGUGAGGGGACUUUUGCGAAAGUGAAGUUUGCUAGGAAUUCUGAAACAGGGGAGCCUGUGGCUCUCAAGAUCCUUGAUAAAGAAAAAGUUGUGAAGCAUAAAAUGGCUGAACUGAUAAAAAUGGAAAUAGCAACCAUGAAGUUGAUAAAGCAUCCCAAUGUGGUCCGGUUAUAUGAGGUUAUGGGGAGCAAGACCAAGAUAUUCAUUGUACUUGAAUUUGUCACAGGGGGAGAGCUUUUUGAUAAAAUUGUGAACCAUGGACGAAUGCAUGAAGAUGAAGCCAGAAAGUAUUUUCAACAACUCAUCAAUGCUGUUGAUUAUUGCCAUAGUAGGGGUGUCUAUCAUAGAGAUCUAAAGCCGGAAAAUUUGCUUCUGGAUGCUUCCGGAAACCUCAAAGUUUCAGACUUUGGACUGAGUGCCCUUUCUCGACAAGUUAGGGAUGAUGGCUUGCUUCACACAACGUGUGGAACUCCAAAUUAUGUUGCUCCUGAGGUCUUGAAUGAUAGAGGAUAUGAUGGGGCGACUGCAGAUUUAUGGUCGUGUGGAGUCAUACUCUUUGUACUGCUUGCAGGUUACUUGCCAUUUGAUGAUUCUAAUCUUAUAAACCUAUAUAAAAAAAUUUCAGCUGCAGAGUUUACUUGUCCUCCAUGGAUAUCCUUUAGUGCCAGAAAGUUGAUAACUCGCAUAUUGGAUCCCAACCCCAUGACCCGGAUAACAAUACCUGAGCUUUUGAAUGAUGAGUGGUUUAAACAAGAUUUUAAACAACCUGAAUUUGUUGAGAAGGGAGAGGCAAAUUUUGAUGAUGUGGAAGCAGCUUUUCAAGAUUCAGAAGAGUAUCACGUGACAGAAAAGAAAGAAGAACAUCCAGCUGCCAUGAAUGCUUUUGAGUUGAUUUCUAUGUCUAAGGGGCUCAACCUUGGCAACCUUUUUGAGAUGGAACAGGCGUUCAAAAGGGAGACAAGAUUCACAUCGAGAUGCCCAGCAAAUGAGAUAGUUAGUAAAAUCGAAGAAGCUGCAAAACCUCUUGGUUUUGAUGUGCACAAGAAGAACUAUAAGUUAAGGCUUGAAAAUAUUAAAGCUGGGAGAAAAGGAAACCUCAAUAUUGCUACUGAGGUGUUUCAAGUAGCACCAUCACUUCACAUGGUUGAAAUAAGAAAAGCAAAAGGAGAUACUUUGGAAUUUCAUAAGUUCUACAAAAGACUUUCCAGUAGCCUCAAAAAUGUUGUUUGGAAAACAGAAGAGGAAAUGCAAGAACCUGCGUAAAAACUCCGGGAAUUUUUAUUCUCGUUGCGCGAUUUUGAGCUUUUAUAGAUGGAGAAAACCAUGCUGCAUAUUAUGUUUCUUGUCGACCAUUUGUAUUAUUGGACGAUAUCACUUGUAGAUAGAAGAGACGUGUUGCAAUUGUUUGUUUGAUAAGAAGUCGACUCAAGAAAAAAAAAAAGUUGUAAAAUUAUCUAUUUGUAAUUCUUUAUAUCCCCUUAAAAAACUUGUCAGUAACACAUCAAAUUGUCCCAUAAUUGAAUUCUUUUAGGACAAAUGGCCAGAAAGACCAUGAAAGCUCUGUGAUAUGUUGUACUUUAUUUUCUUCCUGCUAAUCAAAGUAUUAUGCA